AUGGCAACCGCCUGCAAGGAUCUUAUUUCCAUCAUCUUCCUUACUCUUCUCAUCACAGGAAGCUAUGCUCAAUGUCCAUUGAACAGCCUUUUGAUUAUCACAAAAAUGACUGGUGCAAAAAUAGGAGGAAAAACUCAAUGGAGGGUAACUAUAGUUAACAAGUGCAACUGUCCAUUAAGCCAAAUAAUAUUGAAUUGUCAAGGGUUUCAAAGUACAAUGCCUGUUGACAGUACAAUUCUUCUAAAGAGAGGUGAUAAUUGUCUCUUAUAUAAUGGUCAUGCAUUGAGUGGAAAUGAUGCUGAUCAAUUUGCAUAUGCUUGGGAUACACCCUUCAAUCUUUAUCCUGUAAGUGCUGUUACAGGCACUCCUUGUAAAUAA